AUGUCUACUACAACCGUGUCAGAUGCGUCCACAUCGGCAUCUGCAUCGACCUCCUCGACUCCCCAAUUGAUCUACACCCUGGUCGGGCACACCAAAUCCGCCACAGCCGUUUCUUUUUCACCAUGCGGUAAGCUACUCGCAACCGCCUCUGCGGACUGCACCGUCAAGCUGUGGUCCGUCGCCACGGGAAGCCUGCUGCACACGUUGUCCUCCCACACCUCUGGCGUCAACGACCUGAGCUGGUCGUCCGACAGCCUCUACCUGGCUACGGCAUCCGACGACCGCUCCAUCAAGAUCUUCAAUGUCGUCACGCAGGCGCUUGUUCGGUCGUGGGUGGAACAUACAUCGUACGUGUUGUGCUGCGCGUACAACCCGCAGUCGACUCUGCUGGUAUCGGGAUCGUUCGACGAAACGGUGCGCCUCUGGAAUGUGACGCGCAACAAAUGCCACCGCGUCAUCUCUGCGCACUCGGAGGCCGUCACUUCUGUCGCCUUCAACAGCGAUGGCACCAUGAUCGUCUCCAGCUCCUACGAUGGCUCCAUUCGACUAUGGGACACCACCACGGGAGCGUGUCUCAAAACGUUCGUGCACAAAGACCAGUCCCCACUAGGAGGCGUCCUCUUCACCCCCUCGAGCAACCAACUCCUCUGCACUAGCCUGGACAGCACCGUGAGAAUGUGGGACAUCUACAACUCAAAGAUCGUCAAAACUUACACAGCCCACAACAACGCCAAGCUGCCCAUCACCGCCAAACUCGCCCGCUUCCACCCUAGCUCUCCUACUACAGUACAUGACGCUGCCGAUUCCAGUGCGAGCGUACUAUGCGGCAGCGAGGACGGCAAGCUCGUCGUCUGGCACGUCCAGUCUAAAGAGGUGCUGGCUCAGUGGCAGGCGCAUAAGGAGGCUGUGGUGGCAGUGGCGGUGCAUCCGACAGCGAGGAUCGUGGCGACCGCCAGCGUCGAGCCAGAGAAUACGGUCAAGCUGUGGUACUUUGACCCUGCGACGAACUGA